CACUGAUAGAAGGGCGUAUGUUAUUGACUUGUCUGAACAUUACUGCGAUACAUUGCACACGUAUCUCAACACUACCACCAAAUGUUCACAGCCCAGACUAGGGAUGCUCCAACAUAUCGGUACCAUAGGGAUUAAAUCUGAAGAAGAACAGAGUAACAGGGGAAAUCCAUCGAUAGUUAGGAGAUAUCUAGGACAGCGAUCGUGAUACCAGUGUGGACAGCAUGUGUGAGGGCGACACCUCAAAAUGUUGUAACGCGGAUUUACCAGCCGAGGGAUAUUUAAAUCAAAAUCAGCUACGUGUGUGUAUUUGUUCUGCUAGAGGAAGCACGGCGGAAGAAUUGUCAUUAUAGGAUCGUAUGAAACGAGCACGUGUGUUUAUAUAUAGUCAGACACACACACAGAGUCGGCGAAGCGAGCUCGACAUACUAGCGUGGACAUUGUAUAUCGCGUCAGUGAUAUGAUUUAUACUGGAGAUGACAUUUACAAACUGUAAUCCACAUCUCGAGUGUUUAUAUCUUUGAUGCAGGGAGACAGCCGCACUCGUUCCAAGAAAUAGGCGGAAGAGGACCCAGCACUCAGCACUUAGCCUCGCUCCCCGAAUCACGAAUCGGGUCCUGCAGCUGUCGAGGUUCCCCCCAUAGGUCCACGGAUACCGGCGUCUUUUUCUUCCUCUUUAGUGAAACGGAAAAGUCAACUUGACAUGUCUUGGUACGUAUGUAUACAUUUUGCCGGUACGUAUGUUACUUUCAAUGUUCAUCUAGACAAGCCGGAAGAUUUGUAGACCUUGACAAAAAUAUAAGGAUAUCGGAUUUUCUGUAAAGUCGAUGGAGCAUGUUCAAGUGGUUACUUAUGUAAGAGGAAGCAAUCUUUAUACCUGCCGUUUAUAAACACUAAUGCUUUACAUUUACUUAGUAUGGUGACCUGUGAUCAAAGUUUAGUGAUUUUCUCGUGAAUGUUCGUUGUGGAUUGUAUUUCAAAUUCGGAAAAAGACUAAAUAAAAUCGGUGUAUCAUGGGUGCUGGCGCAUCAAAACAGAGCGCCGCUCGGCGUAAGGUUCAGGCUCUGGCCGCUUUCGACGAGGCAGGGAGAAGGCACCGAGAGAAAAAAGGACACGGGGGUUCAAAGAAGGGUUUAAGGAAACGUUUAUCACGGGUGGACGAGGUAACAGAGGACGAGCCUUCUAUGGAGAGAACGUCCUCUGUCUCCUCUAACUGGGUACGUCUCCGGGAGAGGAGUUUGCCGAGUAUUGAACUACAGCCGAAGACUACACUCAGACUCAGCGACUUCAACAAAGUUGUCAGACAGAAGACACUCGACCCGGACGAUGAGAAACCGCUAGACAUUCCGUAUGGAAGGAGAGAAAAGGUUCGACCAGAAGAAUUGUGCCAUAUUUGCAGUGUAUACACCGGCAGAGAGACUUAUCCAUGCAGAAUAUGCUGCAAGGUUUACCACGAGGGCUGUCUCCACAAGCUUGGGUAUUGCAAGGACCCAGCUUCCUGUCUCCUUCUCAAGAGGGCCCUGAAGCCAAAGGGCUGGAGCUGCCACGAAUGUGACGACUGCAGCAACAUGCUAACAGAAGAGGAACUAUUUGCGUUGCUGGACUCGUUUGAGAAGUAUGAUUUAACACAAGAUUCCAGUAUAUCAUUGGAGGAGUAUUUGACCUACCGUAAGCGUGCAUUCAGAGACGGGCAUGGUGUCUCCUUGCCCAAAGCCGAGAUGCAAGACGAAAUGGCACAGUUCCAUAGACUUGACAAAGAAAAUUCGGGAUCGGUCACGUGGUGGGAAUUCCUUAAUUAUGAAUCAAUAAAAAUCCUUCUAAGACGGGGCAAGAAUGCAAUCACCCGAUUGCUCUACCCAAGGGAGAUAGAACUUGCCUAUCGCCUUUUUCAUAAUUUUGAUGAGACGGACAGUGGCGAAAUAAGGGAAUAUGACGCAAAGAAAGCGCUGGCCUCCUGGUACACGCUGUUCCUGGAGAACGAUGACACGCUUAACGGCUUCACGAUUAUGUCUUCAAACAAGGAAGGAGAAUUAUGGUACAUUGUGGCUGAGAUGCUAACAUUCACCAUGGAUACAAGUGUGGACAGUGACAGGAAAGUGAAUUGGAAUGAGUUCCUGCGCGAGUUAUCAAUAUAUAUAAUAGCUGCCAGGCCCAAUCUGUCGCCAGUUCCGAUGGAGAGUUCAGAUUGGACGAAGGAUGUAGUGGUUUCUACAGAAACAGAUUGUGAUAUUAAACGGACGUCUCUGUAACCUUGCCCACCCGCAUAUUGUAUAAAUAGGUAUCACAUAACACAAGGUUCCUGGAGCAGUGGAAUGAUAUUUAGACAAAAAGCGCUGAAACCGUAUGUAAACAUCUCAUCGCAAACAGCUCCUUUAACAGAUUUGUCAUCCGUUAAGAAAACAUAAACCAUUUACUUAUUCCAAGUUGUAACUGAGGAGUGGCUUUGAAUGAUCGAUUACAUAGAAUGACAGCUAAUCUGUGAUAUUGAGUGAAGGCAAUCGAAGGAUGGAUAUCAUAGACAUCUUCCAGUAGUAUUAGCAUUGGAUACACUGGUACAUUGUGUUCUUAAUUACCAGGGCAAACGACACCCUCAUCAUCAUCAUCAUCAUCAUCAUCAUCGAAAUGUGUUCGUCUAGCUUGUGAUGUCAGAAAAGAUUUUUUAUGUUCACUUAAUGUCAUAUGAUAUUUAUGAUUCCUAGAAACAAUGUUAAUAGUUCCGAGGACAGCGACACAGUCGAAGGUAUUAGUUUACAGAUUCGGAUCCGAUUAACCCUACAGUUCAACAACCUUGCGCAGCCCGACUUAAAGCAUCGACUCACACGGAGAAAAUCCACAUCGUAUUGACAAACAUAUUCGAUCUUAAAAUACGUAUUUAGCAAACAUCAAAUAUAUUGCAGGAAACAUCUGCAAAGCAAACACGAGAGAAAUCCUUUUAAAGCUAGAUUUAUAAUCUCCGUUAUGUAUGUGGUUCACGGUACGUUUUUAUUAUCCUUUGUUUUACCAAUGCAUUGUAGUUCCGGGUUUGGUUACCAAGGCAUUAGCUACUUGUGACUGACAUUGCUGAAAGAAAAGUUAGUUUAGUCGAGGACUUACAUAUUUUAGUUCCGGAUUUGAUGUACAAAGACAUUUACAAUCAAUGAACAUCGCAUUGGUUAGCUGCUUUUGAUUUACUUUGCUGAAUAGAAAGUCCAUUAAGAUCAGUUAGUAUUGAAGACCAAUACAUUGUAGUUUUGGGUUAGAUAAUGCCGGUCUACUAAUCUAAUAACAGCCGCAGUACUGACUCCUAUGUUAUGUACCGAUAACGGUGAUCUCCAUUACAGGAACGUUUCACAUUGAUGGAGGACGUUAAUGGCUUCUCGAUGGAUAUCAAAGCUAUUUCACGAGUAUGGUAUGCUAUUUCAUCUCCUAUUCUGCCGUUUGCUGACCAAUACAUUGUAGUUUUGGGUUAGAUAAUGCCGGUCUACUUAUCUAAUAACAGCCGCAGUACUGACUCCUAUGUUAUGUACCGAUAACGGUGAUCUCCAUUACAGGAACGUUUCACACUGAUGGAGGACGUUAAUGGCUUCUCGAUGGAUAUCAAAGCUAUUUCACGAGUAUGGUAUGCUAUUUCAUCUCCUAUUCUGCCGUUUGCUGCUUUUAUCUGUUAGGAUUUCCAAACAGAAAUAGUGUAUUUCUGUAAAUACCAUAAUGCAUGUAAUAAAACAACCUCUUAUUUUGCCGUCGUUUCGUCUAAACUUGAAACUGAAAAUCUGCGCAGUGAAUAGAAAGUACUGUUUUGGACAAUACUUAAAGUGAUAUCUACACAUGUGAAGAUACAAUUUCAUCAAAUAUAUAUAAUAUUUCAUACAUCUUCACUGUAGUGCAAUUGUUAACUGCAGUAAAGAUAUAAGAUCCUGAUAGCUCACUAGUAAAAACGUAAUAAAUCUACGUACAGGGAUUCAGUUGAUUGGAAUUGUCUAUCAUUGCUACCAUUGUUUGGUCUUCUCGUUAUAUUGGUUGUUGUUUAUCAUUCCAACAACAGUAGGAAUUUCUUUUCCUCUGCUCAUAAACCUCUUAUUGACCAACUGCUGGAUUUUUACUUAUUCGUCUUUAACAUUUUUAUGAAUUAUAUGUCUAAAUAGUGUUUAUCUGCAUGCAUAUUUGAAAUUUUUAGCAUAUUUUAUGCCAUCAAGUAUGUACAUUUUGUAUAUUCCCUUCCGUCAGAUAUACACACAUUCCCUGACUAUAUGACUAGUACUGUUGAGACGCGUUAAUAUGACCAAGUCUCGGAUAUUCGUUAAUAUAAGAUAAAUUGUUACAUUAUUUCGAAAUCGGGUCCAGACGACCCAACAACUUUACAGUGUGAUGUAUCGGUACGUCUUUAAUUUUUGUGUAAUUGGAUAUGAUGUUUUCGAAAACAAAAAUAUUUAUACACACGCAUUUUACUUGUUGGUAGUUUUUUUUCAUAUAAUAUUUCUUUUGCUGCAAAUAUAUAUGGAAUUACAGUAAUACAAGUGGUACUAUAUUAUCACUAAUUUAUCUACAAAACUUGAUUUGUAUUCUUCAUUUCAUAUCUUAGCGUCUAGUCUGUGAUUUCCCUUUCAAAAUAAAAUGCAAUUUUA